CCUCCGCCCUCAACCUCCACGGCAGCCUUGAUGUGGCUCAGAACCUUACAAGGCAGCAAUUGCUUCCGUUCAAAUUGCGUCUUUGACCCGUCGUGACCCAUUCUACCUCCCAUUUUAUCGUUUGCCCGGCUCAUUCAGAGACGCUCGCUUUCAUCGUCGUGCAACUACUCGCGCACCUAUUUUCUGACCGCUAGCCCAGAGCUCUCAGUCGCCUCACUCCCCCCUCACUGCCCAACAUGGCGCCCUCCAAGUUCAUGGACCUUUCCGUCGACGUCAAGACGUUGAUCGUGCAGCAUGUUAUCCGCCCGACAGACCUCAAAAAUCUCUGCCUAACUUGCAAAAACCUCCACGAGAUCACGGUGCAUCAGCUCUAUCAAGAGGUGACACUCGAUGUGGGAAGUCCGUCAGACACCAAGCUCAGUGCUUUCCUGAACCCGAAGAAUAUUGGCCUACCAUGGGUGCGGAAACUGGACCUCUAUCUUGCCGAUGUCCCGGACAAGUGCAACCAGCUACAGCAGGCGCAUUUUGCGAUCCGUAUGAUCUUGGAGUUUCUACCAGAGAACAUUCUGGAGAAGUUCUCUUGGCAUCCCUGGUCGCCGUUCUCCGGAGAUAACUUGAUACUACUAUACAAGAAGCAGAAGCGUAUGAAGUGGCUGGAAGGUAUUGCCUUGGAUAAGAACGUCCUGACCGAGCUGGAGCAGAUCCCCAGCUUCGACGAAACUUUCCAGAAUGUUAGGAAGCUCGGUCUGUAUCCCGAUAGCCGGGACGUUCUCAAUUACUGCCAGAUGCUGGUGAAGAAAUCACCCAGAGUCGAAAAGAUAACUCUCCACGCGAGCUUCGAUGACAGCGAAUCGGCCCUUACCAAUCGCGAACUCAACGACUCCAGUACUGGUCCAGGCCUGAUCACAAGCACCAUGUUCAACUCCUUGCAGCCCUUUGAGAAAUGCACACCACUAGGCCUCAGGGAAAUUACGCUGCAGAAGAUCAACCUCCGAUAUGCAGCGGAGACGUAUUGCAAGUUCAUCAACUUCCACAAUAUCAAGUCGCUACGUGUUUUCGGGUGCCCUGGGGCCGAUGCGCUGCUUGCGGAGCUCACCAGGAGCACAAAGCUACCGGAGAAGCUAGAGACCCUAGAAUUCAAACACGAUGAUAACGUGGAAAAUGAUGCAUUGAAUGCUCUAGAUGGGUUCCUCUGCCUCGUGUCAGGUAUCAAAAUCUUGACCAUCGAUAUCACCUACGCCAAGGCGCUUCCUGCAGCUGCCGGCAUUGUUCGACAUGCAAAGACACUCAAGGAGCUGAAUGUGCAUGCUAGCACCGUGGACGACAUUGAGCACGAGCACAUCUACACUUUCCCAGACUUCCAGUCGAUUUGCAAUGAUUGCACAUUGCUAGAGCAGAUCUCGGCCGCUUUUCCAAAUACUAGCGUCAUUCGGCACAACAGCGAUCAGUUCCUUGCUUUUGAGACAUGCCUAGGUGCUCUUCGCAACCUUGUGACUUUGAACAUAACCACCUGGCCAAAUAAUAACCCUUCUUCCUCGAAGCUGCCUCUCAAAGUCUACGAGCAUCUGCUGGGAGGCAUGGCCCAGCAAGGCUUCGAGCGCAGCGCGGCGCACGCUAAGACCCACGAUCGGAGCUCGAAACUCAACGUCAUCGCCUUCGGCUCAUCGGACAAGGUGUACGACCGAGAAGAUAGCAAGAACCAAAUCAUUUUCGUAAAGGGCAAGCAAGUGGACCCGCUUGGACAGGAGAAGCCCAUGGCCAUCCAAGUUGGCUGGUGCCUGCGCAAGUUCAUUGAGCCACGUUCUGAUGUGCUGGACUUCUCGCUCUCGAGGACGACGAGACCUCCAACAAGAGAGUCCCCUACCAGUGAUGAUAGCGAUUAGACGAGGCAGCACGGUGGAGAGUGAAAGCGGCUGCACACCCAAAAUUCUGGAUGUUAACGUUUUCUGGCGCACAUGAAUCUCAAUGAAGCGCAAAUUGUUGUCUUGUAGAUAGACUGCUUUUCUUACAUAUGGUUAGUGUAGCGUAUAGGUUGGUUGGGACUUAGGGCAUAAUAUUCUUCUCAG